GGGAUGAUGGGAUGGGUGUGUGCAAAGCCCUCUCUUUAUAAAGGGCCGCAAUCUUCGCUAUCAGUUGGAGAGCGAGAUGGGUAACGAGGGCGACAUGGAUGACUGGGGGGAGGAAGGAGUGGAUGCCAGCGAAGAUAAUUGCGUCGACGACACAGGCGAUAGCAACACCGGCAACAACAACAACAACAACAACAACAACAACAACAACAACAACAACAACAACAACAACAACAACAACAACAACAACAACGACAACAACAACAACAACAGCAACGACGGUGACAACAACAACAACAAUAACAACGGCAGCGACGCAGGCGACAGAAACAGCAGCAACAACAAUAACAACAAAAACAACAACAACAACGACCACAAUAACAGCAACGACGACGACAACAACAACAACAACAACAACAACAACAACAACAACAACAACGGCAGCAACGCUGACGACGAUGGUGGCAGCGACAAUCAUGGCAGUAGCAACAACAACAACAAUAACACUCACGAUAGCGGCAGCAGCAGGGUUGAGAGCGGGAUUGGGGAUGACAUCAACAACAACAGCGACGAUGGCGAUAAUGAUGACGAUGGAGGCAGCGAUGACCAAGGCGGCAGUGGAGCUGAAUGCCUCAGCACGACGAGAGAGAUGCCGCACACUUACGCGAAAUUGGCGAGCGCAGAGAAGGAUGAGUUGGAAAGAUUGAGAGCUGAAAAAGCGGCACUCGAGAAGAAUAAGGAGUCGAGUAGCGAGAAGAGGAAGCGUGGGGGUGGUGGUACGCCUGCUGUUACGACAGCGAAGGAAAAUACCAUUAAGCCUCGAUCACGUAGCAACUCGAAAGUGAAAUCGAAACGGAUCGAGAUCUCAUUCGACGAGGAGGGCGUCGUUGCUGGAGUGAAGCAGAACUUAAAUGCCAAACUGGAAAGCAGCAGCGAUCUCGCCGAUGUGAAGAAGAUGCUAGCUGCAUUGGUCCAGAGCCUUGGAGAUCAAAAAGGCAAGCUGGCGGCCCCGGCUGAAGAACCAGUCGUGUAAGAACCAGCUGUUGAAGACGCCAGAGACAUUAAUCUCGCGCAGAACGCGACGAU